AUGCUCUACUGCUCCCCGUUACUUUUGUAUCUUUUUGUUACCGUAAGUCGCACACAAGAGGACGUGACCUCCGGCGAGCUGCGACACUGGGGAUACCAGAAUGCGACAGCAUCAGGAGAAAAAUUCGACCCCCAUGAAGAGGAGGACGAGCAGAGAUUGUUGGAGCAUUUGUUUCAGGGCUACAACAACCUGAUCCGGCCCGUCCCGUCGGCCCUCUCGCCUCCAAUUCUGGUGGAUUUUGGUGUGGCGAUGAUUUUGUUGAUCAACGUCGACGAGCGGAAUCAAAUCCUUCAGACCAAUGUUUGGCUGACGAUGAAGUGGAACGACUUCCAGUUGCGCUGGAAUCCGGGUGACUUCGGGAAUUUGUCCGAGUUGCACGUGCCCUCCGAACGCGUCUGGCUGCCGGACAUUGUGCUGUUUAACAACGCCGACGGCACCUACGAGGUCUCCUUCAAGUCGAACGUCUUCAUCGAGCACACCGGCGACGUUACCUGGGUGCCACCAGCUCGAUAUCUCUCCAGUUGUGCGAUCGACGUCGAGUGGUUCCCGUUCGACGAGCAAAAAUGCGACAUGGUCUUUGGCUCGUGGACGUAUAACAAGCAUGAGGUGCAGCUGAGGUUCUACAAUAAUGUUACGGCAGUGCAGCUCAACGACUACUCGAAGUCCGGAAUCUGGGAUGUCAUCGAUGUACCAGGAGCGAUAGUCAAUUCCGGGAGCACGAGUCGGAUCGUUUUCAAUAUUAUUAUAAGGAGGAAAACGCUGUUCUACACGGUCAUUCUCAUCAUCCCCACCGUCCUUAUGGCCUUCCUCUCGAUGAUGGCAUUCUACCUGCCCACCGACUCGGCAGAGAAGAUCUCGCUCACCAUCAAUAUUCUGCUCGCCUUGGUUGUGUUCUUGCUGCUGGUGUCAAAAAUAUUGCCGCCGACUUCAAACAUUCCUCUGAUGGGCAAAUAUUUGUUGAUGGCGUUCAUCUUGAACAUCACGACGGUUGUUGUGACGGUCAUUAUUGUGAACAUCUACUUCCGGUCCCCGCUUUCCCAUGAAAUGUCACCGUGGGUUCGAGCGGUAUUCCUUGACUUCCUGCCCCGCUUCCUGAUGAUGAAGCGCCCAGAGCGGAUCCCGAUCUUCAACGGCUACUUUGUCGAGGAGUAUUCUGCUUCUGAAAUUUUCGACGCAAGCCUCAUCAUACCGUCCGUGACCGCGACGAUCGUACCAUUCCUCAAUGUGUCAAAUCCAAGCCUCAACGAAGAGGCGAUGAAACACCACCGGAACUGCUCGAAGGGCAAGCACCACAAGGAGCACAAGCCGGGCAGUAAGAAACUGAAAAAGGAGGAGUCGAAUGGGCUUGAGAUGCCCGAGCUGAAGGAAGAAACGCUGGUGGAGAAGAUGAGCCGCGAGAUGAAGCGCACCGUUGAGUCGAUAGCUUAUAUCGCGGAACAUAUGAAGGCGGAGAUGGCGGAUAAAAAGAUUCGUGAUGAUUGGAAGUACGUGGCCAUGGUCAUCGACCGGCUGCUGCUGCUGAUAUUUUUUGGCGUGACGCUCGGUGACAUUUUUACAAAGAUCCUGCUCUUGGCGCUCAUCGAAGCGUCGGCAGACGAAGAGCGUUUGCUGGAGAGACUGUUCAACGGCUACAAUCAACUGGUGCGCCCGGUUCGGAACCAGAGCGAAAUCGUUGAGGUGCGCUUCUCUCUUGCGCUCGUGUUGCUGAUCAACGUGGACGAGAAGAACCAAGUGAUGCAGACCAAUGUGUGGCCAACAAUGCGAUGGUCCGACUAUCAGCUAAGAUGGGAUCCGCGGGAUUACGGUGGCGUCAGCACGAUUCACGUCCCACCGCAGAAGGUCUGGCUUCCCGAUAUCGUCCUCUUCAACAACGCGGACGGUAAUUACCUCGUCUCCUUCUUAUCAAAUGUCGUCGUCGAGCACACCGGGGAGAUGCUCUGGGUGCCGCCGGCCGUCUUUUUCAGUAGCUGCACGAUCGACGUCGAGUACUUUCCUUUUGACGAGCAGGUCUGCACGAUGCUGUUUGGCUCUUGGACCUUCGGCAAGGACGAGGUGCAGCUGAACUAUUUGCAGGGAAAGCAACAAGUUGAACUGAAUGAGUAUUCGACCUCCGGCAUCUGGGACCUGAUCGACGUGCCUGGGAUACUGCAAAACGGACGAAGCCGGAUCUCUUACCAGAUAAAAAUCCGAAGAAAAACGCUUUUCUACACGGUAAUCCUCAUCAUGCCCACCGUGCUCAUGGCCUUUUUGUCAAUGAUGGUAUUCUACCUUCCCGCCGAGGCGAGCGAGAAGAUCACGCUGGCGAUCAGCAUCUUACUGGCCCUUGUCGUGUUUCUGUUGCUUAUUUCGAAGAUUCUUCCGCCAACCUCGUCGUCAGUGCCACUAAUGGGAAAAUUUUUGCUGAUCACCUUCACGAUGAACGUCAUCGCCAUUAUGGUGACGGUCGUCAUCAUCAACGUCUAUUUCCGGGGCCCAGCCACACAUACGAUGGGCCCAUGGGUGCGUCAGUUGUUCAUCAACCACCUACCGCUUUUGCUGAUGAUGAGAAGACCCUGGAGCGCUGAGAAUGAGAUUGAGCGGUUGAGGCAGCAGAAAACAGAGAUCGCAGCCGCCCCAAACCUGCACCCGGAAGAAGGGCGCAAGUCGAGUGAUGAGCAGAGGGCGAGCAUCGUUAGCCAGCCAUACGCGGAGGGUCUCGGAUCCGAGGCUAUCAAAGCGAUCGAGGCCAUUGAAUACAUCACCGAACAUUUGAGGACGAACAACGACCAGAAGAGGAUGCGAGAGGAGUGGCGCUUUGUGGCCACCGUACUCGACCGGCUGCUGCUCUACAUCUUCUUUGCCGUCACUGUGGGAGGCACCGUCGGGAUUCUGUGUUCUGCGCCAAACGUUUUCGAGUACGUUGACCAGACCGCCAUCCUCGAGAACCUCAAACGAAAAGCGAAGGAGAUCGAGAUGGCCGCCCAAAAUGCCCCA